AUGUAAUCAUAAGGGUAGGCUCCAUUAUAAAUAGAACAUUAUAUAAUAGGUAAAACAUUGGGUGUAGGUGCAUUUGGAAAAGUGAAAUGUAAGAAUUAAUGACUAGAUUAGUGGCUAAACACAAUAUAACAAAUACAUAAGUGGCAAUUAAAAUUAUCAAUAAGAGGAAAAUGAAAAAUUCAAGAAUGGGUACUAAAAUAAGAAGAGAAAUAAGAUUACUUAGAUAUUUUAAUCAUCCUAAUGUAAUUAAAUUAUAUGAAGUAUUGGACACUCCUGGAGAUAUUUUUGUAGUUAUGGAAUAUGCAGAAAGAGGAGAGUUAUUUGAUUUGAUAGCAUAAAGAGGUAAAUUGCCAGAAAGUGAAGCUCGCAAUUUCUUUCUAUAAAUAUUAAGUGGAGUGGAAUAUUGUCAUAAUAAUAUAGUAGCCCAUCGUGAUCUCAAACCUGAAAACAUUUUGAUUACUCAUAAUUAUGUUGUUAAAAUUGCUGACUUUGGAUUAAGUAAUUUAAUGAAAGAUGGAAAGUAUUUAAAAACUUCAUGUGGUUCUCCAAAUUAUGCUGCACCUGAAGUUAUAUCAGGAAAGACAUAUUGUGGUUCAGAUGCUGAUGUUUGGAGUUGUGGAGUAAUUUUGUAUGCAUUACUUGCAGGGUUCUUGCCAUUUGAUGAAGAAACUACUUAAGCUUUGUUUAAAAAAAUUAAAAGUGCUGAUUAUACUAUCCCAAGUAGUUUCAGUCCUUAAGUAAGAGACCUCAUUAAUAGAAUGCUAACACCAGAUCCAUUAAAGAGAAUAAAAUUUCAUGAGAUUCAUCUUCAUCCAUAUAUGAGAAGUACAUAAGUUCCCUUUUAUCUUUAAAUACCAUUUAAAUUAGAUGAAGGUCGUAGAUAAAUUAAUGAAGAUGUCUUUGAGAAAUUGAUGCAAUUAUAAACAGUCAAUUUUAGAGGUAUGACAUAAACACAAAUUCAAAAGAGUAUUAGAAAAAGAGAAGAUAAAUCAUUUGUAGUUAUUUAUGAUUUGCUUUUGGGAUAAUUAGGAAUUGAAUCUUCUACUCCCAUGACUCUACAUAAUUUAACUAUACAUGAUCUUAUAUUUAAUCCUUAAAUUCCAUAAAUAGAAGGUUAAUCAUUUAAUAAUUGUUUAUUGAAUGAAAUUUAAAAACCUUAGCCUUAUGAUUAUGGAAAGGAAUUACCAAAAGAUAUUAUGGCAAUUGUUUAUCCAUUUUAAGCUAAAUAAAUUGUAAAUGCUAUUUACACUUGUCUAGAGAAAUUUAAUACUGUUAUUAAAAUAAAAAGUCCUGAUUAUAAAUUAAAAUGUUAUCAUAAAAAUCUCAUAAAGAUGACAAAAUAUAAUUCGAGUAUGGAAUUAUUCAAUGAAUUUUAAAAAGAAGUUGAAGAAACAGGAUCUAAAAAUGACUUGGCUUCUUUAACUUUUAAAGAUGAUGGUAAGAAACCAAAAAUUAAAGAAAAUAAAUUUUCAGCUAAAGAGAUUAUAUUUAACAUCUAAAUUUAUAAGGUAUUAAAAAAUAAUUAUCAACAAAGAUGCCAACUAAUAAUAAUGAUCAUAUGAUUGAUUUUUAAUUACGUAGAGGACAUCCUGUUGUUUUUAUGGAUUUUUGCAAUAAAGUGAUAGCUUUGUUAAAUUAACACUUCAAUUAAAUUUGA